AUGAGGAGCCCGCCCACACAAGUGAUAACUACAACCUCCGUCGGCAGCGGUCAACCUCGCCGACGUGGCGAAAGAGUUCCUUGGGUGGAAAUAUGGAAUUCUGAAACGAGCAGUGACGCUACUCUCGACGAGUUUGUGGAUUCGCUGCCCAGCCGCAGUCGUCAACGGAACGAUAAAGUGCCGAGGUGUACUCUGGACCACGCAACCUAUGAUGAAGACGAGACCCUGAUGACGCGGCAUCCGAUGCGCAGAAUCGUCACGGAGUCUUGUGAAUCCAGCUCUCUGGCGACGGUCUGCGUGGAUGGACAUCACACAAUGCCUGAUUCAUCCGUCGAGUCACCCACAGCUAAGACCAUCCCGAUGUCCGACGCAAUGAAGGCAGUCAUCGACGAGCGACUAUCGGAUCACGUAUGGUUUACGCCUGUCGACCUGUUAGGGAUUUUGUGCAAGAAAAUAAAGCGUCAGACGUUGGCAGGACCCGCACCAGUGUUGAGUCAAGUUCAAAGCUACGUCAAGAAGUGGAGAAAGAAGACAGACAAGUGA